AUGUUAAGAAAGCGAAAAGCCACUGAUACUUCUGUCAUCUCCUUAAAAAGACAACACAUAACCUUGGAAUCUUUCUUUCCUGAAGUUGAUAUCUCCUUGCGAAUCAAUAAAUCUAUGGAUAUCUUAGGCAUAGUGAAGCAGGCCUUCUGUUUCUUUAAUCAAAAUACUAUUGCCCAAGAGUCAUCUCGUCCAUAUAAAAGUUCGAACAAUUUGUUAGUAGAUUCUAAGCCCAACAUGAAUGUUCCGAGAGAAUCUGUUUAUGAUGCCGAGAUGUACAGAAUACUUUUUAAUUGGCUCACUAAAGUAUAUCAUUACGAAAUUAUUGGACAGUGGCACUUAGAGCAAGUUGGUGAAGAUGGGGGCCACCAUCAUCUAUAUUGUGAUCUUACGAUAAAAAAGAAGGAAGACUCCAAUCCUAUAGCCAUACUUGAGCUGGUUUGGCUGAUCCAUUUCUCUCGUGAAGAUGAUAUUACAAAAAAACCAUAUUGGCCUUCCGAAGAAUUACAGAAGAGGGGGUUGAAUGUCAUACACUUUUGGCAUGAUAAGGGUUUCAAAAAUGCCUUUAUGAGCGCCAGAGUAAAAGACAUUUCUGUAUGUCCAGGAUGCGAGCAAAAGCAUAGUGAAGGGCAUGUAUUUGGUAUAGUUGGCCAUUGCAAAAAUGCUUCUUAA